AUCUGUCUUUGUAGUUUGUAACAACAUGCUCUUCUUCUUCUUCUUCUUCUUCUUCUCUGUCUAUCACAUUCGUAACCUCCAUAUAUAAACAGGAGAUUCGCUACAUAGCUGCACAGAGAUCGCAUACCAUCGCCCUCCAAGAACACAGCUGCUCAGCCACAGCGCUCUUCCUUCUCCCUCUCUCUCUCUCUCAAAUUCAGCUAUCUAUCAAAACAGAUAUAGCUUUGGCUGCUCCAAAUUUUACGGAUCUUGGAUUUGGGCGUGAGUUAGAAGAAGUAGGAAAUGGUUAAAAGGUAUGGAGUGUUUUGAUCUGCAGAAAAUAUCAUGUUGCAGUGCAUAGAGGGGUUAAAGCAUUUAUGUGCUUCCCUACUGAGGUGCUGUGAUCUUGAGUUGUACAAGCAAUCAAGAGGUUUAGAAGACCCUGAAAUUCUAGCAAGGGAGACAGUGUUCAGCGUGAGUGAAAUAGAGGCACUUUAUGAGCUAUUUAAGAAGAUCAGCAGUGCAGUGAUUGAUGAUGGAUUGAUUAACAAGGAGGAGUUUCAACUGGCAUUAUUCAAGACAAACAAGAAAGAGAGCUUGUUUGCUGAUCGUGUACGUUUCUCUGUAUUUGACUUGUUUGACACAAAGCACAAUGGAAUACUAGGUUUUGAAGAGUUUGCACGAGCCCUGUCUGUCUUUCAUCCUAACGCCCCAAUUGACGAUAAGAUUGAGUUUUCUUUUCAAUUAUAUGACCUCAAACAACAAGGCUUCAUUGAAAGACAGGAGGUGAAGCAAAUGGUAGUCGCUACCCUUGCAGAAUCUGGCAUGAAUCUUUCAGAUGAUGUGAUAGAAAGUAUAAUUGAUAAGACCUUUGAGGAAGCCGAUACUAAACAUGAUGGGAGGAUCGACAAGGAAGAGUGGAGAAGCCUUGUUUUGCGGCACCCAUCCCUUCUUAAAAAUAUGACGCUUCAAUACCUCAAAGACAUCACCACAACAUUUCCGAGCUUUGUAUUUCACUCACAAGUGGACGACACCUGAAAUUUGAAAAUUUCCAAUUUUAAGCUCCAAGGGACAUCAUUUUUUAAUUAACUUGAUGUGGUUUUGCAUGUUUCUGAAGAGAAUGUGGCCCACUCCACUCUUAUGUAAAGGGCCAAGAAGAAAUUUUUUACAUCAUUAUUUUCGUUGUUUCUUUUGAAUAUUUUUUGGCUGUGUGUAUUUUAUUUUAUGCUCUACGACUGAAAUUGCUUUUAAUUGUAUGUGGCUUCUGAUUUUGGCUUCUUAUGAUACUGGAUUUUAUUGGGAGGUGCA